AUGCUAAGUCGUAAUCAAAAAAAUGUUUAUAGGGAGCUUUGGUUGAAGACAGUUGUGACAUUCUUAACAUUUGCUGCAGUUGCAUGUGGAUCAAAAAUGCUAACCGAGUGUGAUCAUCCUCUUGAGCCCAUCGGUUGUUUCAAAGAUGUUUUUAAAGAUAGAGCAAUGCUCAAUUUGACUUUAAACGAACGUAAACAAAUCGAUUGGAAAAAUUGGAAAAAUUACCUUCCUGAAUUUAUUUGCAGAUGCGCAAAAGCUGCUUAUGAAAAGGGUUACAGUGUGAUUGGUAUUCAGUUUUACGGAGAAUGUUGGGCUGGUGAUGAAGCACAUUUGGAUUACGAUAAACAUGGUCCAUCAGACACGUGUGUCGACACACGGUUUAAGAGGAAUGAGAAAAAUAACUCCAAAUGCGAACCUUACUCCGGGACUGAUCUUUCAAACUAUGUGUACAGAAUCGCACCAACAGCUUGCAAGACAUACUACGAACCGCUCGGUUGUUAUAAAGACAACUUAGCAGCAAGAACGAUUCCGAACUACAUCCUCACCGAACGGGACUAUACUGUAUCUCCACAGUACCAAGGUAAUCUCAUUCAGUGGGAUCAAUGGCAGACGUACAACCCAGCUAUGAUUUGCAGAUGUGCAACCGCAGCGCUUCAGAAAGGUCAUGAUAUAUUUGCUAUCCAAUUCUGGGGUGAAUGCUGGAGUGGUAAGAAAAGUGAAAGUAAAUACGCCAAACUUGGAGAGUCAAAUCAAUGCAGAGACAACUUCUUCAAACCAUGUCCAUGCAAUUCAUAUCAUUGCGUGGGAAAAGCCAAAACCAACUAUGUAUACAAACUUGUAGAUGGACCAAAGAAGAAUUAAUCGAACAUUUUGUAAAAACGAAUGGAGUGGAAUGCUUAAUUAAUUGGAUACUUUUCGUUGCCAUGUG